AUGAAUGUGUUGGAUGAUGAAGAUGACCAAAGCUUUCACGCUAUGCGUGACGGCUACUCCCAUUUGAGCGAUGUCGAAUGGGAUGCGGUUGAACGGAUGGGUUCUACCAUGGGCAUCCAUGCUGUUAGCGUCAUGCUAGAGGCUCUCAAUAGAGAUGCCCAACAUGCUACUAUCGCCAAGUUCAUUCAAAAUGAACUUGACGCUGAACGCGAGAAAGUAGCCUUGCUUCACCAACAAGGUUCUCAACAAGCAGAGUUGUUGAGAGAACAGGGUGCUCAACAGUUUGAGCUGUUGAGACAGCAGCAGGCUGCUGCUGGUGGGUCGAUGCACUCGCGUCGACCGAAACCUUGA